UUCUCCACAUUCAAACCUUCGCAGUUUCACUCCGCAGAAAAGAAAGGAAGCGCAUUUCUUGAGUUCAUCAAUGGAGAAAUCGAAGGACCGACCAGCGGAAUCUGCUUCCGGAAACACGACCAAAUCGAAGCUGAGGUAUCCUCUAAGAUCUGCGCUUAAAUCGAAGGAAGGGAAGCCUCCUGCUCCAGAAUUCUCAGGUUCUUCUAGUUCCAGGAGGGGACGGGUUGCAUCUGCUGUAAGUCAGAGCACAACAGCUCUCGAUCUUUCUGCUAAGGAUUAUGGAUCUGCUAAGCCAGCCAGAAGGUUCUCGAUUCCUGCGAAGGCUGUGGGGAAUUCUGCUAGCAAAUCACUUAGCAGCCUCACCCCUGUUUCAGAAAACAGAGCAAAACGGUCAGGCAAUGGCCGAGGCAUGACUGAAAAGCAGGUCUCCAGUGCACUGAGAUCAGCAAAUCGGAAAAAGGUGGAAGAUUUGUCUUCGGCUACUUAUUGGUUGUCGCAUAUCAAACUCUCUGAGUCCACGGGAAAGCAUUCGAUCUCUCUCGGUUUCUUUAAACUUGCCCAUCAAGCAGGCUGUGAGCCGAUUCAGCGGUUGGGAGACGAGUUGAAACUGUACGCUCGCCGCAAUAACCUGGACGAGCUUGCUGACUGCACGAGGGAACUAUGUCAGUUGUAUAAUAUCUCAGAAGGUCUUGAGGAGGUGAAGAUCUCGGAAACAUGUUCUGUUGUUCCUGAAGAGACCACUGUAUCAAUGAACAAUGAUGCCCAGAGUUCAUCUUCCACACCAGAAAACCUGAGCAUGAUGACACCUGAAGUCCCUAAAGAUGACGCUUCUCAAAGUUCAACUGUCAAACGAACCGCCAAGGCAAAUUCCGUUAAAAAUAUCCCGAAGGGAAUGGCUCGGAGAUCUCUGAAUGCCGUUAAGGUGAAACAAUCAGAUGUUUCGGAGAUUCAAGACUCGGACGAAGGGACUCGGUCCUCUGAUGACAGGGCUCCAAACAAGAAGGAAGCUUUAUCUAAGAACAGCUCAUCAGUUAGGACAAGAAAGAUGGCGAACACUUCCACCCCAAAUUCACGGAAACUAACUGAAACCCGAGCGGAUAGAUCUCAAAAGAAGGGUGAGAGGGUCAUCAAUCUCAGGUCCAAGAGAAAUCAAGAAGAGAAGAAUGAGAUAAAGAAAUCCACGAAGAAACAUGCCAGUAAACCAGAAGGUCAAGGUGAUUCUCCGGAGCAAACGAAUGCAUCAGAGGAGAACAAAGAAAAUUCUGUUGUUCGGACGGCAGAAGAAAUCCAGAUUUGAAUGAAGAAGAACAAAUCUGUCUGCUACUGAAUUUGGUUGGUUUGGAUGAUUUGUCGAAUGGGGUAUAGGUGAAAGGUUUGUCAAGUCUCCGGUUUGGUGAAAAAACAUAUAAUGUUUCCUUGUUCUGGAUUGAAAUGUUUGUUGAAUUGUUUUUUUGUGUGUGUAUAUCCAAAACAGUUUGUCUAAGUUUUCAGUUGCUGAAUGUUCUUUCCUCAAA